AUGAUACGCUCUUUCUUCGAUUUUCAUAGUACCAAUUUUUACAGCCCGAAGUCGGAUAGGGAAGAGGUGGAGGAAGCGACUGAUGCCGUUGCUGAGCUUCAACGAAGCGGUUCCACAGUCGGUUCGGGAAACAUCGAAGAUAUCCAGUCAUCGGCUGAGGACUCGCCUAGCAUUCAAAAGCCGCCAUCACCAGUUGUCAUCGACAUUGUCCCCCCUCUACCUGCACCCGUGUCCGAACCGAUAGAUGUACGUAAGCCAGGCUCUCGUUCUUCAUACCAUGGGUCAUCUAUCACACCACCUACGAAAGCAGAACGUCUGAGGUUAUCCUCAUCACCGAGACAUCUUUCAUUGGAUAGACAAAUGAAGCAGCGAGACGUUAGUCCAAAUCCACUGCUGCGAUGCCCUGGAGAUGCGAGAAUUUCACCACGACUCAGUCCUCUGCCACUGCACAUUGUGGAACCGUCAAUACGAAGUCGACCAGUGGACGAGCCGAUCAGGACGGAGUCCAAUCCAUUCAAACAAUACUUUCAGUCAGAGGCGAAGAAUGGCUUCAGCAAAAAAACCAGCGUAUCGAGCCGUCGCAGCGACGAUUCUAUGCUUUCGCUAGCCACUUGCGGAACAGCUCCUAUCGUAGCAGCUGAAAGUGUCGACGAUCUGGAUACUGAAAUAUCGAUUCUAAACGGCAAUAUUAGGGACGAUGGAUCAGGUAGCGAAACUGCACGAUCAUUUGACGAGGGUCACCGUUUGCUGGAGAACACAGUAACGAUGCUCGAACGCCAGCUGAGAAGAUAUGAUGAUAGGAUUCAUCAACUUGAACGACUAUGCGAACUUCAGCAGCGAAUGGGCUCUGAAGCAUUAUCCCUUUGUAUGUCCAUUCCUGCGCUGCACAUACACAUUUUCCGCUUCUGGUUUGGCUUGGACGCCAAGUAA